CUGGCUGCCAAAAGGUAGCUCAAGCUUUAAAAACUAUGGCAGCCAUGAUCUCAGACGAACCUGAAUUCAUUGCUCAGUACCUGACUAGCUUGUCAUCCCGCUCCGUGCGAUAUGGCGCAAAUCAUAUUCCAUUCCGUCCUCACCCCAAGAAACUCAAGAGACAGCCACCAAAUAGAUCACGCGUGCAACCAGUAGAGAAGCCGGCAGUCAACUUGGAAGAGCCUACUAGCCAGUCCACCACGGAAAAUGCAGCUGCAACCAUCAAACUCACCGUCAAGACAUUAAAGCCUGCAUCUCAAUUCGAAAUAUUCAAUUUAAAGCUCACAGAUACCAUCGCCACAUUGAAAGAUCGAAUCUCACAACAGCGAUCUAUUCCAAUGAAGCAGCAGCGACUUUUGAUCAAGGGCAAGGUCUUGAAUGAUACAAAGCCAUUGGCAGAAUAUGCUAUGACGGACGGCACUGUUGUCCAUUUGAUGAUCCGAGCAACAACCACCGCGUCCGAGUCCAAGUCUGAACCCAUCCCAGCAUCACCUGUUCCAGCAGUAGGAGCACAUGGAAUUUCCAAGUCGGCAGAAGAUUCACUCAAGCAGCCAGAAAUUUGGAGAAAGCUCCAUAAUGUAUUAAAGGAGCAACUCGGUGAAGAUGACGCUCGCACAGUAGUGUCAAGAUUUUUGCAGUCAGAAGACUGGUCUGGAAUUAGCUACGAGCAAUUACAAUAAAAAGGAAAAAGGCAAUAUACAGUGAACAAAAGGUAUGAAGGGGG